GCAUAAUCGUUGAAGAUCCAACUUUUUUCACAUCUUUGUGGGAAUCAACCAAUAAAUGGGACGAUGAAGUAAUUAGUGAAAGAAGUGACAAAACAGCAAGCAGACCAAGUGAGGAAAUAAGCGAUGUUCAGUCACUUAAAGACAUUGAAAUUAGAUCAGCAUUUUAA